AUGUCGAUAUCUGUCAGAAGGAGAAGCACUACCUACCCUCCAGCUCCUGGACUGAGCCGGUCCCCCUCUCCUAGUCCUGUUGGGGCCUUCACAGUUGAGAUUCCGCCAACACUGUAUUGCGCAGGAAGCUUUAUCGAGGGCCAUGUUAUACUCAACUUCAUUCAGCUUCAGCACGAAAACAUCGAGAGGGUAAUUGUGAAAUUCCGCGGCAUGACUUGGGUGACAGUAGGACGCGGAUAUGGCGAACAAGCAGUAGUACGCGAGCGGCGCGAGAUUAUCUCACUCAAGCGCGAGCUCUGGUACCGCGGAUCCGCCUCCCCCCUACCAGGCGAGUACAAGCUGCGCCUCCCGUUUCGCUUCCACAUUCCCGCAGAGCCGUACAUCCUGCCGUCGAUGUAUUUCGACGAGCUCAAGGACCACGUGAGGGUACUAUACUCUGUCAUCGUGACAGGCGUACGUCCGUGGACGCCGCACCUAAACAGGAUUAUACGAAGGCCGCUCGCGGUCGUCUCAAAGGGUAAUCCAAAGUUGAUGAACAAACUGCUCAACGUGAGUAGACCUGUCACUCCCUCAGACGGGAGUUCGUCGUCGACGAAGUGGCGACGGGCAUUUAAAGAGCGGCAAGUCCGGCGUGGGCUGUUCGGCGAGCAUUCCGCUGCGCGGGUAGAACUUUACGUACCGUUCACGUCGGGUACUCUUCCACUCUUUACUGAGAUCCCCGUUGUCAUCAAAGUGAAGACGACGACCGCUUGCAUGUCGCGCUCGAAAGCAGACAAGCAUGCGCCAGAGAGGCCAAUAUUCCCUGCGCUCGAGCUCGAAUACUAUCCGGUACAUCUUCGACUGCGUCGGAGGCUCGUCCUCCGCGCGGAAGCGGACACGAAGGAGUGUCUCUCAGAUAUUUGGUCGACGGCCCUACGGAAGGACGCGCUGAAGCCUGUCACAACAGAGAAGGAGUGGGUCACAGAGAUGUGUCCGGAGAAAGGAGUGCGAGAAGACUCGGGGCGGUGGGUUCAGAGAUGGAAGCUCCAGACGAGGGUACGACUGGAUGUCCCGCCGACGUUCUCGAGCGAACUAGUGGACUGCACGUAUGCCUUGUGGCUCAAGGUACCGUUUCCCGGCAUGGGGAACGAUGUGACGCUAGAAAUGCCCAUCACACUCGAUUCUGCUAUCGAUCAGGCUAUACCCUGGGCAAUGCCCCACCGGCGAUCGUCGACGUUCUUGAGAGCUACUUCGCCAGCCACCCUUAUCGGACCACAAUCGAAUGAGGACGUCUUGGGUCUACCGCCUGCGUAUUGGGACGUGAACAGCUACGACUGGGGUGUCAUAGACAACGGUGAUUGA